UAUGUUUCUGGGAACGAAAGGCAGACUGUUUCUCAGAUUGCUUUCAGUUUCGGUGCUUUUUAUGUCCAGAAAUCCUGUACAGCCAUGGCGGCAAAGAGAACACAUGAAAGAGAUCCAAUCUACAAGUUUAAAGGUUUGGCCAAGGACAUGCUGGAUGGAGUUUUUGAUGACCUCAUGGAAAAGAAUGUUUUAAAUGGAGAUGAGUUACUCAAAAUAGGGGAAAGUGCGAGUUUCAUCCUGAACAAAACUGAGAACCUGGUUGAGAACUUCUUUGAGAAAACAGACAUGGCAGGAAAAAUACUUGCUGGCCACAUUGCCAAUUCCCGGGGACAGCUGAGUUUACAAUUUUCUGGUGAUGAGGAUGAUGAACCUCAGAAAAUAUGUAUACCUUCUUCUCCAUCAGACUCUGAAAAUGAAAUGAAAGACAGCAAAGAUGAGGCGCAAGAUUUGUUAAAGCAGACAUCGUCUUUAUCUCUGAUGAAAUCCAGGAGAGAAGUAGAAGAUGAAGAAAUGAAGAUAAAUGCUGGAGUGGCCCAUGCAUCACAUCUAAUGCUGACAGCUCCUCAGGGAAUCCAGAGCUCAGAAGUCCAAGAUACACUGAAGCUUUGUCCACGUGAUCAGUUUUGUAAGAUGAAGACAGAAAGGGCAAAAGAGAUAUAUCCAGUGAUGGAGAAAGAAGGACGAACACGUCUGGCCCUCAUCAUCUGCAACAAAAAGUUUGACUACCUUUUUGAUCGAGAUGAUGCUGAUACUGACAUUUUGAACAUGCGAGAACUACUUGAAAACCUUGGAUACUCUGUGGUAUUAAAAGAAAACCUUACAGCUCAGGAAAUGGAGACAGAGUUAAUGCAGUUUGCUGGCCGUCCAGAGCACCAGUCUUCCGACAGCACAUUUCUGGUGUUUAUGUCCCAUGGCAUCCUGGAAGGAAUCUGUGGGGUGAAGCACAGAAGCAAACAGCCAGAUGUUCUUCAUGAUGACACUAUCUUCACAAUUUUCAACAACUCUAACUGUCGGAGUCUGAGAAACAAACCCAAGAUUCUCAUCAUGCAGGCCUGCAGAGGCAGACAUAAUGGAACUAUUUGGGUAUGCACAAGCAAAGGGAUAGCCACUGCUGAUACAGAUGAAGAACGUGAGUUGAGAUGUAAAUGGAAUAAUACUAUAACAAAGGCCCAUGUGGAGACAGAUUUCAUUGCUUUCAAAUCUUCUACCCCACAUAAUAUUUCUUGGAAGUUAGGCAAGAGUGGCUCUCUCUUCAUUUCCAAACUCAUUGACUGCUUCAAAAAGUACUGUUGGUGUUAUCAUUUGGAGGAAGUUUUUCGAAAGGUUCAACACUCAUUUGAGGUCCCAGGUGAACUGACCCAGAUGCCCACUAUUGAGAGAGUAUCCAUGACUCGUUAUUUCUACCUUUUUCCUGGGAAUUAACCCAGGCAACUCUUAUGCAGGUUAAUUUCCCAAUCAAGUAUUGCUGUGGAUGAGAAGAAAAGAAAAUUCCAAGAUCCCAGGAUUUUUAAAUGUGUAAAACUUUUCAGUUAGGUAUUUUAUAGGAUAUCAUAAGGCUAGAUAAUUUCCAUAGGUUAUUUUUUGGGGGGAAACCUGACAUGUAAAAAUUUGCAUGAAAAGUAUAGAUUAGUUCCUUCUUUCCAAAUCUCCACACAUUUCACUUUAUUUUAUUAAAUUUAUAUUUGCACAUCUCUGUAAAAUGAAUGAGUGAAAAAGAAAAAUACUAAAGAACACAUGAAUGAUACCUUUUGGUGAGCCACUUUCACUUAUAAAUUAGUAAUCAGAAUUUAUUCACAAUGAAGAUCUUAUCUACAAUGAAACUGAGAAAUGAAGUGUCUGUUGCAUACUGUUGCAUAUCUAGCUAAAACUAUUCCUCUUAUAGGAAUAAGAUAAAGGAGGCUUAUUUCCACUGUUUGUCUCUGACAUACAUGGUUUUCAUGCCUAGUGGUCAUCUACCAUUCUUUUUAAUUGGUUUGUUAAGAUAUACUUGACAAAUUUAUGCUAUGUUUACAAUUUUUCUCUUAAAUGUUUUAGUAAUAAAGAUAUACUCACACAUUUAAGUCUUUGUCUACUAGUAUUAUUGAAAUAAACCCUCAAAACACAAAAUACAAGUUUAAAGCAUUAAAAGCAAUUUUUGACACAAAAUAUUGUAUGCAAAAUUGAAUUCUUUUGGAACAGGAUGUGAUGAAGCCCACCUACCUCUAUUUUUGUCAUCUUGAGGAUGUGAUAUCAUUUUUUUACUUCAUUGAGCUAAAAUUAAAAUAAUUGUUUAUUCUUUGCUUUAUAAAAUGUUUAAGAAUCUUUCUUUUUUGCAUAGUAACUGUUAGCUAGUAUUUCCUGGAGUUACAAGUUCUAUAUAGGCACGCCUUGAAGUUGUGAGAGUCACCCCUUCUGAGUGUUCUUCCUUAAGUCAUACCAGAUCUGUGUUCUGUUUUUAAAAGUGUCCAUUAACAGUUCAAGCUUUCUACCUUUUCUACCAUGCUUACUGUCUUUUCAAUCUAUGUUAAAUUGAUACCUAUCAAAAAACAUCUCAUGAGCAUUACUAAAUAAAGGUCUGGUAGUCCCCA